AUGAGCAAGUUCGGCGCCAUGAUCAUGGGCCCCGCGGGGGCGGGCAAGUCCACCUUCUGCGCCGCCCUCAUCACCCACCUGCAGCUCAACCGCCGCUCGGCCUUCUACAUCAACCUCGACCCCGCCGCCGAGACGUUUGAGCACACGCCCGACCUCGACAUCAAGGAGCUCAUUUCCCUCCAAGAUGCCAUGGAGGAGCUGGGCCUGGGGCCCAACGGCGGACUAAUCUACUGCUUCGAGUUCCUCAUGGAGAACCUGGACUGGCUGACGGAAGCGCUGGACUCGCUCACCGAGGAAUACCUCAUCAUCAUCGACAUGCCCGGCCAGAUCGAGUUGUACACGCACAUUCCCAUUCUGCCAAGGCUGGUCAAGUUCCUGACGCAGUCUGGCGCUCUCGACAUCCGUCUCGCCGCCGUCUACCUCCUCGAGGCUACUUUCGUCGUCGACAGGGCCAAGUAUUUCGCCGGUACGCUUAGCGCCAUGAGCGCCAUGCUCAUGCUCGAGAUUCCCCACAUCAACGUGCUGUCCAAGAUGGACCUCAUCAAGGACCAGGUCAAGAAGAAGGAUCUGAAACGCUUCAUCACGCCCGACGUUGCGCUUCUGGAUGACGACCCCCUGGAGCGCAGCAGGAGGAUAACCGAGGGUCCCGAAGGGGAGGAUGACGAAUCCGUCCCGCCCGAUGACAAGAGCCAGGUGAUGAAGGGCGCCAGCUUCCGCCGCCUCAACAGAGCCGUGGCCGGCCUCAUCGAGAGCUUCAGCAUGGUUAACUACCUGCGGCUGGACGUGACAAACGAGGACAGCGUUGCGGGGAUCCUUAGUCACAUUGACGACUGUAUCCAGUAUCACGAAGCGCAGGAUCCAAAAGAGCCCGAUGACGAGCGUGACUACGACGAAGAGGAGGACUGA